UCCAUAUUUUUUCAUCUAUCAGUACGUUCUUUCUCUCUCACACACACGUACAAUAUAACUAUUAAAAGCAAUUCGUUGUCUUAGCAACGCCGAUAUCCGAGAAUCCCUUUAUCGCUACUCGAUGGAAGCAACAUUUAUUGAGCUAUGUAUUCAGUUCGGCGUGCGAUGACUAAUCAAGCACGUUGCACAUAGAAAUACAUAUAUCUUUGAGUUGUUCUUGACCAAUUACAUACAUACGUAGAUCGUAUGUGUCAAGGUUCCUUACAUUCUGUAUCACGAUCGACACAAUUGUAUUUCAUAUUCUUAAAUAUGUGUGUAUUAUGAGACCUACGUUACACAAAAUUGAUCAUUAACACUGAAAAUACUUUUAAAGUUCGUACGUUUGUUUUAAUACGUAUGCGAAUACCUGGACAACAAUUCUUAAUAGAGUCAACUUACGAUUUUUCUUUCGCUUCAUUUCGUUGAAAUGAUUUCACGAAGGUGCAACGAUUCUUCGAUAACGUACCGCUUUGUUGACUCGUAACCAGGAAAGUUUUUUGCUCAUAAGAUUCAUUAGAUUUUUAUAUUACAAUAUAAAUAGUUGAAAAAAGAAUAAAUAAAAACAUAUGGGCAUGAGUCAAGGCAAUAAUCAAGUUCAAAAUUAUAAAAAUGUCAAAGUCAAUUCCAGUUUGUCCGAAAAAGUCAUCUAAAUGUUUAGAAAUACCUUUAAAAUCUAUAGAACAAAUUUAUUUGGUUUUCUUGAUACCAACAAUAAUAAAUUGUAUUAUUUAUAUCAUUCACUUUUCUGCUGAUCUAGUUGUUGCUAUACAACAUUUUAGAGAAAAUAAUCCAAUAUGGGGAUCUUGUACUCUUUCUCUUAUGUAUGCUCCUGCUAUAGUAUAUUUUAUACUAACUAUUUCAAGACCAGAUUGGUGGAUGACAGAUGAUGAUAAAUUAACAAAAGGAAUUUCCAUUUGGUUCUUUCUUCAGAUAUGUCAGCUUAUUGGAUUUCCAUUUUUUGCACUUUACAGAUAUGCUGGACUUAUUGUUAUGGCAGUGGAUGCUAUCAUCUUGACAGGAGAAAAAAGAUCUAAAACACUAAACACCUCUGCUGCACCUGCAUCCAUUGAAUUAUACUUUUUUUUACAAGCCUGGUUUCAAGCUGCACCUCAAGCUAUAUUCCAGACACAUUUACUUUUUAGAGAAUAUACAGUUCAGCGCAGUUUUCAAUCAAUAGUUGUACAUGUGCUAUGUAUUCUUAUGUCUAUUGUGAUAGUUGCAAUUGAAACAACUGCUUUCCAAAGAUUUGAAAGUCAACGAGUCAAUGGUAGAAAGCUUCCAUGGGCAAUGUGGUUAAAAAAAUAUUGCGUUGAGGAACUUCAAUAUCUUGAAGAAAAAACUCCAUUACAAUUACCUAACAUAACAGAAGAUAAUGCAGCUGUUGUUAACUCGAAGGAAGAAUUAAAUCAAGAAGAUGAAAAUAAAAAACAAUCUACUGAAGAGAAAUCAGAAACGGAAAUAACAAUUACUUUGGAUCGACAAAUAUCCGUAACUCCGCCGCUACCACCGAAAAACGUUCAUGUAACUCCUCCUCCUACACCUCUUAGAGGAAUUACUACAGUUGUACCAUUACCUGUACCAGAUAUACCAGCACCUCCUCGUCCAGAUUCUAUUGUAAAAACUACAGAGCAUCAGGAUAUAGAAAAUGCAAAAACGAUUUCUAUUAUAGAACAAAAUCAGAAAUUAACUAAUAGUAAUCAAAGUUUAAAAGUUCCAAAAAGGAAACAUUCUACUAAAGGAUUAGAAGAAGAUGAUCCAGUUGGCAAAUUUCUCUCUUUUCUUUGGUGGUUUUUUUUUAUCUUAGCACGGAUCCUUGCUAUAAGCAUAUGUUAUGAGUUUUAUCCAUAUUAUUUAUUAGGCAUGCUUGGCAUCCAUUAUAGUAUCAUGUUGAUAUAUCUUUUUUAUUAUGCUUCAUAUUAUGAUGUCAUCACAUUUUUCAUUAAUCUCUGGCUUGGCUUAAUUUAUAUUGUCAGUAUGAUUGAAUACAAAAUUAAAUUUAAAUAUGCAGAUAAAUGGUUAUUACCAUAUUAUAUUUUCAUUAUAAUUCAAAAUACUGUCUUUACACUAACAUGGUAUUUUCAUGCAGAAUGGGACGGAUUUUGGUAUAAUUAUGCAUUAUGUACAAUUUUUAUCAGUAUGGCACUUUGUAUUUCAUCAACUAUAGUCUAUCAUGUUCUAUUUAAACCAAAGAAACGAAGAGUAUAUAGUAGUUGACAAUCGAUAAAAACAGGAUUAUUCUGGUUAGUAGUUUUGAUAAAAAAUCGAAAUAUUAAAUAAACAUUUAAGUUUCUAUGCUUAGAAAUAUUGCAAUAGAGCAAUUGUGAAAAGAUCUCACAAUCAGUAUGACUGAAUAAAUAUAUUUGUUUAAGUUCUAAAUCAUAGAAAAUAGAAAAAGAUAGAUUAUAAUCGA